GGAGCCUAGAAUUUGAAUGGUAUCUACUAACACUCCUUUGUAUCGCUCUAAAAUCAAAGGCGGUGAGUUUCGUUAUGAAAUAGAAUCUAGUAACCUAUCAAUGAUUAAUGAUUUGGAAUAGGUGUGAUGCUCAUCAAAAUGCUGCUGUAGUAAUGGCUUCGUGUUGACAGCUAUAAGAGCGGUGGCCCGAGAUGGUCACGGUGGUGUGUCUGCACAAACUCCCUACUACGCCCUAUCCAGAAAUGACACUAAUCUCAAAUGAUCCCACUUGGCUGCCGUUCAUAAUUGUAUCUUUUACUGUGGUGGUAUACGAUUGGGUAUUAACAUUCGGACAAGAGUUCGAACUGGUCUGGAAGCAACGUUGGUCCUUCAUGACCGUUCUUUAUAUCUGUGUGCGCUACAUGGGACUAUCAUAUUCCGUGAUCAUCGUAUUGUGGAGUCUCCCAUUCUCGAUAACAGACGCAGUGGGCCUUAUCGUUUACUUCAUAUCGGCAUGGAUACCUAUAGUCGUCAAUGCUAUGUUGGGGGUCAUCAUGAUGAUUCGGAUAUAUGCAAUGUAUGGACGACCCAAAAAGAUGCUCGUCUUUCUCGUUGUAGUCUUGUUGUCUUCCACGAUUGCAUCCGGUGUUAUGACAGCAAUAGGAAAUGUUGGUGUCUCAGCGGAGGAACUCCUCCUUUUUGGCUACCAUGCGUGUCUUAUCGAAUCUGACACAAACAAGGAAGACCUCAAUAACGAGACUAUGAUACCCACCACUAUAUGGGAGAUCCUCGCCUUCAUUCUUGCAGUCUGGAUUGUCAUAAAACACUUUCAUCAGCUGCGACAAUCUCCGACAGGAUCGACCAUUGGGGACUGUUUUACGGUGUUGAUUCAAAGUCACGCAUUUUACUUUGCAGCUUUUGCUAUUGUAGCUUGCUUCAGCCUAGGCUUACUGUCUACAUAUAUUAGGUAUUCAUCGUCUGUGGGAAGUGCCGUUUAUGUCGGGUUUUUCGGAAUUGGCCAGGUGUUGCAGAUGUUUGUGCUGGGUCCACGUCUCAUCCUCAGCAUUCGCGAAUAUUAUGCUAAGCUCGUGGCCAUGCCCGACGAAGGAAUAAGCAUGAUGUCUAUUGAUUUCCAGGCUGGUGGCGAUGUUGAGCACAGCCAUUCAGAUCAACGCUAACCACAGUUACUUGGUGUUUCGUCGUAGUACUUAUUUGGUGAUUUGGAGGAUAGAAGUAGGUCUGGGAAAACCACUGCCGUGCUGCAUUACUAUUAGAAUUGUCUGCCCAACUACUAUGACCCAAUGCGGAAUGCACAAUCAAUAGGUAAUGCACAAUGCACUCCAGAGCUCACAACUCUACAUAUAUUUCAUUAGAAACAGCUGGAGUACAAGUAUUAGCAUAUAUUCAAUAGGUG